AUGCUACGUCAUGAUCCUCUCAAUGAGGACCGCGAAGACGAGCCAUUCCUCGACGCAAACGACCCCGGUCCAGCUCAUCGCCAUGUCCCUUCCAAACCGAGUAUUGGCAGCCAUAAAGUGGAGGCCACCCCCGCCAGCUCAAUCAGCUUCCGCUUCAAGGUGAUCUUGUUCUCCAUGAUCCUCGCCGUGGAAGUUGGCUUUGCUUUCCUCGAAGGCCCCAUGGUGCGGAUCAUGGAGGCGAUCGCGUGUCGCCAACAUUACCUGAAUGCCGAUCCGACAAAAAUUGGGGUCGACGGACAAGUGCCGGAGUCCCUCUGCAAGAUCGCCGAGGUGCAGGCUGAGCUGGCGGCGGUCAAAGGGUACCACAUGUUCUUUGACGGAACAAUAUGUGCCCUCCUUGCAAUUCCCUAUGGUCUGCUGGCAGACCGGCGGGGUCGCAAAUCUACACUUGCUUUGUCUCUCCCGGGGUUUGGUUUGAACACCAUCUUGACCCUGGUUAUCUUGUGGUUCUCGGAUGUCUUCCCACUGCGCACGCUCUGGCUCACUGCCUUGACUUGGUUGCUCGGGGGUGGUCCAGUGGUGGCGUUUGCGAUCAUCUGGACCAUGAUGGCCGAUGUGACCACCGAAUCGGAGAGAGCCGAUAUCUUCUUUCAAUUUGCUAUCGUGUCGAUGGGGGCCGAACUCGUGUCGACCGCCGUGAGCUCCUAUUUAAUGAGCUUGAACCCCUGGAUACCAUUGGUAAUUGGAUUUGGCAUCGUGAUGAGUGGGAUGAUGCUCAUCCUCGUACUUCCGGAAACGAAACACGCACUGCCAUCUCGGGAGCCUGAACAACCUCAUGUUGAGAUGUCAGAGUUGAGAGGCGAGAACGAGCCAAAGCUCGAUCUCAACGAAUCCAGUGCAGAUGAUAGAUAUCAUGACGAACCUGAUAUCAAUGGUGAUCGUGCAAAUGAAGCUCCAUCGUGGAGCAUUCCAUCUUACACACACCAAUCCUUUUUGACCAAGAUUCGCGCGAACUACCGGUUUUAUCUGAAACCGUACUUGUUCAUUCUAGGCCGCAAGCAAGUGCUUCUCCUUCUGACCGCUUUCUUGGUCUACCGCCUGAGUCGAGGCUCAUCCUGGUUCCUGGCUCAAUAUAUUUCGAUUCGCUACCUCUGGACAUUAGCCGAGUCUAACUUUCUAGUGGCAUGUCGCCCUAUAGUCUCCAUCCCGUUAUUCUUGUUCGGGCUUCCUUAUCUGAAAAACCGAGUCCUGAGCCCCCGCCGCUCGGCAACGGAGCGAGAUCUCUGGCUUGCCCGGGGGAGUAUUGUCUGUUUGACGAUCGGAACCCUUGGCAUUGGUCUUUCGCCAUCCCUCGCCGCUGUGAUUCCUAGCAUGAUUGUCCAAACCUCGGGAUCGGGCUUCCUGUUUCUAGUGCGUUCGAUCAUCACUACUCUCGUGGAACGCGAUGAAACUGCUCGCCUGUUUACCGCCAUUGAGAUUAUUCAGUCGCUUGGUAACGUCAUUGCGAGUUUGACUAUCACUACUGUCUUCCAGCUUGGUUUGCGCCUCGGCGGGUUCUGGAUUGGUUUGGCGUGGAUGAUGACCAGCAGUCUAUUCUGCUUGGUUGGGGUGGCCAUAUGGUUUUUCAAGUUACCUCCAAAUCCAACACCAGAAUUUGUGGUGGAGGAUUACGAUGAGGAUGAUAGAGCGUGA